AUGUUCCAGAGGAUCAAAGGCGCAAUUGACCGCACCAUCGCCGAAGAGCAAGCCCGCCAGAAAGCACUUGCCGAUCCGAAGGCCGCCGGCUCUACGACUCCAUCUCUAUCACGAUCCGCCAGCGGCACCGGUGCCUCCUCUGGCGCCCGGCGACCCCGACCCAAGAAGGCCAGCCAGGAUGUCUCCAAGGACGCCUCCACUGCCGAGCCGCUCGUCAACCCUGACCCCGCCGUGUUCGAAGCCGCCUUUGUCAUAGACGACGAGGACAUGAGCCGCGCCACCACUCCAAAGCCCUCGACGGGGGAGACAGAUGCAUCCGCAGCUAAAGAAAAUGGGAAUGGGCAAGAGGCGGCAGCACCCGAAUCCAAUGGAGAUCAACCUCCUGAUGGCGCAUUGGACAAGCACAAUGAGAAAGUCGAAGGAUCGGACCAGCAUGCCAUGCCUGCUACCGCCCCCAGCAAGGCCACGCCUCCCGAGCUUCCCGCCGAGGUGCGAUCAAAGCUGCGGAAGCUGGAGAAGCUCGAGGCGACAUACCCAGAGCUUUUACGUUCCUACCGAAUCGCCCAUAGUCGAGCGACGUCUAUUGAGCCCUUCGAACGAGCGCUGCGAGAGAACACCCCGCUCACAUCCAUCAAGGACCCCGACGCCCUGGUCGAGUACUUAAAUCAACUCAAUCUCAAGGGAGACAUGGUCAUGGACGAGUUCAAGCGCGUAUCCGCCGAGAAAGAUAGCUUCAAGCAGAAAUACGAGAAUGCAGACAAAGAGAUUGCUGCACUCAAGGAGAUGGUGGAAUCACUUCGCGCGGGCAAGUCAGAAGAGGCCGUCGCCCAGGACAAGGCGUCUUCGGAAGCAGCUCCGGAAGAGGAGAAAGGGGAUGAUCCCGCCACACAGCACUCACGCUCACCAUCUGCGACUAAGUCCCCUGUCGCUCAAGUCCUCGGCAUCUUCUCGCCGAAGCAGAAACCGCAGAUUCCUGCGGAUAGCACUGCGGACAAGGAAAACGACGAGGACUUUUUUUCCUACGACAAUGAGAUUCCCCAGCUUCAGGCGGAACUCGAGGCAAAGUCAAGCGAGAUCGAGAAGCUGAGGGCCGAAAUCACCUCACUCAGGGACGAGCUAUCCACCGCUAAGGAGAAUAGUUCAGGCCUGGUCGAAAGCCUUGAAAGUGCAACGAGGGAACUCAGCGAGUCACGAGACACUGUUGCGGUCUCCGCCUCGCUCCAGACGCAAUUGGAUGCGAGAAACAGUGAGAUUGCAUCUCUGAAAGACCGCCUCGAAAAAGCUCAAUCGCAACUGAAGGAACUCGAGUCUCAAGUCGAGCAGCAGAAAGCUUCUUCAGCAUCCGCGAUCAAGGAGCACCAGGAUGAGAUCGCCACGUUCACUGCCAAGUCCACCGAGCUUGAGGUAGAGGCGAAGAAGGCCGCCGAGGCCAAGUCGAUCUUAGACAAGAGAGUUGCUGACCUAAGUAGCCAGAUCGACUCACUGAAGGAGUCCAAGCUAGAGGGUGAACAAAAGCUGCAAGAAUUGACCAAGAAACUUGAAUCUCCUACGUCAGCGCCAGACACUCUCGACGUGCCGACUUCCCAGCCAGCGGCAUCGUCGGCUUCCUCCAAAAAGAACAAAAAGAAGAAGAAGAAGGGCGGCGCUGGGACAGCUGGGGCCACCCCGGCAACCGAAGCCACGGCCGGCGAUGUCUCCGAUCAACCUCCCCCCUCACCAGUUGGUACGGCCGAUGCUGAGGCACUGCGCGCGGAAAUUGCAGAGUUGAAGGAGGAUGUUCAACAGAAGGACGCUCAGAUUGAGAGGCUCACUAAGCAAAGGAAGACGGAAGAUGAUCUACGGGAAGAGAUUGAGACAUUGCAGGAGAAUUUGCUGACCAUCGGCCAAGAUCACGUCGAGGCGAAGGAGAAGAUCAAGGCGUUGGAAGGAGAGAAGGCCACUCUGAAAGAGCGUAUCACUGAGCUCGAAAAGGAACUGGAAACCUCGUCCGCCACAUCGCAGUCAAAUUCCAAACUCCAGAGCGAGUUUGAGUCUCUCAAACGAGACUAUGAGGAGAUAAGGGCCAAGAGCUCAACAUUGCAAUCGGAUCUCGGGGCAGCUCAGCAACUUGCACAAAGCCGAUAUAAGGACCUAACCGAUCUACGGGAGGUUCUACAGAAGGCACAGCCAGAGCUCAAGAGCCUCCGCCAAGAAUCUGCUACGCUUAAAACCACCAAGGAGGAGCUGACUUCGAAGACGGCCGAAUUACGAGCCCUAGAGAAGAGGGAAAAGGAACUCAAGACGGAGAUUACGAGAGCACAGCGCCUAGCCGCUGACCGUGAGGCGGAGAUUAAGAACCUCCGUGAAAAACUCACUACUGAGACGAAUACUCGUCUUCGGUUGGAAGAUGCCCAGCGUGUAUCCGGACGAGAUCUUCGUAGAACUGAAGCCGAGAAGAUCGAACUCAGCGCGAAGGAAGAAAAGGCCUCGAGAGAACUGCAACGUCUUCAGGACGAGAUGGCAAAGGUCCAGCCACGAAUUAAAGAGCUAGAAGAGGAAACCACAAGGAUGCGCAAGGAGCAGGAGGUACUCCGAGAAGAGGCGGAGCUCAAGACAUCACAGUAUGCUAACGCUCAAAACCUCCUUGGCAGCAUGCGCGACCAGACUGCCGAGUUGAGCAUCCAGCUCAAAGAGUCGCAAGGACAGGCGGAAAGUCUCGAUGAAGAGCUUGCAGAAUGCCGAAAGCUUCUUGGAGAACGAACUCGUGAGGCGGAGACGAUGCGUCGACUCCUUGCCGAUGUCGAUGAGCGCGCUGACAGCAAAGUCCGCGAGAUGAGAGCCCGACUUGAUGCUGCGAUUGAAGAACGUGAUCGGCUGGAGGACGAGUCGAGUGCCCUGGCAAGGCGCAAAGCUAGGGAGACGGAGGAACUGAAACAGAAAAUCCGUGACGUGGAGAGGGAACUGAAGACCAUCUCUAAUGAGAAGGAUGACCUAGAGCAUCGCGAGCGAGAGUGGAAGCGUCGCCGUGAGGAGUUGGAGGCAGUUGAGCAAAAGGCCGAUGCCGAAGUCAACGAAAUGCGAUCGACAGUCUCAAAUCUCCGAUCCACGCUUGAUGCCUCAGAACAACAGGUCAGAGAUGCCGAGAAGGCCAAAUCGGAUUUGCGACGCAUGUUAGACGACUAUCGCAUACGCUAUGACAAACUAUCAAAGGAGGCCAAGUCGCUCCAGUCUAAGCUCAGCAACACAGUAAGCAGCUCAGGUAGAAGCUCAAUGGACUCCAAUAGGUCUGGUGCACUGAACGGUUCGGGAGCUCCUACCCAGCAGGGGACUCCGGACGUCAUGUAUCUGAAGACCAUUCUGCUACAGUUCUUAGAGCAGAAAGACAACAAGCUCCGAGCCCAACUCGUACCGGUGCUGGGGAAGCUACUAAGAUUUGAUAAAGCCGACGAACAGAAGUGGCUGGCGGCUGUCCAGCAUAUCAGCGCUCGGUAG